UCAUUAACCGGUAUCCCUAUAAAAAAAAAAGCAGGUAAAAGUAGAAAUAAGGAAUCACAUUCUUUGCAUAAAUGAAUGCAGUCAACUAAAUUAAGUUAAAGCUUUUCCAGUUAUAUAGGAUACCCAUUUGGAUAACUUGCCUUAAGAAUAACAAAAUGAAACUGCUCAUUAUGCUUUUUUUUAUUAUUAUUAUUAUUAACAACCUGUACAGAGAAGAGAAUUUGUUUGCAAAUGAUGUGAUUUGACUAACAAAACAAUUAAGUUAAUUUAUCUGAUAAUAACCGAAUAAGCAAACCUGACAAUAUAUUCAGCAACAAUAAUUCUUGCAAUGUCAAACCAUACUUACAAAUAUAAUAUUUACUUUAAGUCAACAUUUUGCUUCUCUAAUUCCGUUGCAUCAUUUUUGUUAGUUUUUUUUUAUGUCUUGUAACUUCUGACAAUCUCUUUUUGUUUCCGUGUCAAUCAUCAUGCCCGAAAAAACAACAGAGCUCUGUUGACUACAAAUUCCAGUAGUAUUUUAAGUGUAGGAGGUAAAAGUAAAAAGUUGUCAGAAGACUAAAUACUCAAGCAAAGUUUAGAUAACUAAUUAAGUAAAGUUAAAAGUAUUUGAAGCUUGCUAUUUCCCACCACUGCUGAAUGCUCCUUGAGUUACCUGUGGAAAAAAAGACCUUUGUUUAGGCAGUGGUCAGAUUUGUUUACAAUCAUGAUACAAAGAACAAAAUGCAAUCAGGCCUGCAUUUUGUUGAAAGGAUUCUUGGGUGGUGGUUGCGGAGGGGGAGGGACAGCCAGGGGCAUUUCCCCGAGAUAAUUAUCCACAUAUGACCGGUCCAGACAAGACAUUUGAUUGAUAAUAUAAAAAGAGCUUUGUCAACCCUCCAAGCUCUUAUUUUCUUAGUCGAGCCGCGCACUGUCAAACAAAGACAAUGGAGUCGGGUCGGAAUCUUUCAUUAAAGGUCAAAGGUCAACGGGAGGAGAACAAGGUGCCUUCAAUAAAAAGCCUCGGUUGCAAUCCUGAGUCUUCACAGUUGGACUGCUGGACACUGACGUCAACAAUGAGGCUUGUUAUAUGCUGUCUGAUGCUCCUCCCGCUUGUUACAGCAGGUCUAGUCAGAGCACGGAGAGAAGAUGUUUUAAGCUUUCUGAAUGAUGCCCUCAGCACAAAAACAGGAGAGACCAUGCCUGCAAUUAUGACAGGGCACAGAAACCCGCCAAGUGAACCAGAGAAAGGACAAGAUUCUCAAGAUCUUUCAGAGGAUCAGUCUUUGGAAAGCGCCAACCAAGAGACAAUUACAGAACCAAAGGUGUCUGAUGCGAACCUUGGCGGGGAAAGCAAAGACCUUGACAGCGACGAGGCUCCUCAAUCAAAGGUGGAAGACAAAGCUCCACCUCCCAGACGACCGGGAGCGCCGCUUGCGAGCAGGAGACGAGCUCAAAAUCAACAAUGUGGAGAACGAGUCGAUCCGAACAGUGAGGAGGCCGUUACUGAUGCCAUGAACGUGCCGAGCAGGCUGCCUGUCCAAGACACGAGUCUCCAGAUGACAACGUCCGUUGAAGGGGUCCGCUCGUUGGACACGAGCAGAGAACUGGAUGUUCAUGAUGGCCGUCCAGUGGGAGCUUCUCCAAGCUGAGAAAAGGCAGACUCUACCCAGACUGGUUGGGAGCCAAUCACAGGGCACAAAUGGAGAUAGAAAAGCAUUCACGCUCAUUUUUUUUUUUAGCUAAAUGUGAGCCAAGAG